GCCGCUCUUCAAACUUUUGCCCUACCUACCCUGCCGAAGUUCCGAAGUUGCGUGACGUCAGUAAGGGCGGCCGCCAAUCCGCGCCGAAGGUUCUAUUUUGGGGAGGGGAGGGGGGCGUCUCCCGCGUCUCCCGGGUCCGCCCGUUUUGCCGUGCCCAGUCCAUGGAGAGGCGGCCGGUUGCGAGCGCCCCCGGGUCUCCUCAAGCUCUGCAGGCUCCGUUCUUCGGGAUUUGCAUCCUGCUGCGGCCGCCGUUGGUUUUCAAGGGGCCAUGCUGGGCUGUGCGCGGCGGGCUUGGCCGGUCGAGUGAGGGUCUGAGGCUGCUGAGCUCCCCCACCCCCGCCUUUUCCCCACCGGCCGAUUACCUGGACUCGCAAAGGAAGACAAGAGCUGAGCUGAGCUGGGCAGGUUGCGCCUUCGGUUGCGAAGAGGGGGGACCGGGACGUCCCUCGGAGCUUUCCCUGAGGGUGUAGGCGCAAAACAGAGACCCGUCCGGGAGUUUGAAGGAGAUGCCUUCCGUAGCAUCGUCCCGUUUCCCCCGGCGGUGCUGAGCUUGCUUCUUCUGGCUCCUGCGCCGGUUUCGGGAUCGGAUUCAAGUUUUUUUUUUCUUUUUGAAUUCGCUUCUGCCCGUUUCUACCCCAAGUAGGCGCCGAUCAUGCUGGGCUCAGGCGACGAGAGUUCGGGGCGCCUCUGUUUGUUUUGGGUUCUGUGGAGCGUGGCGCUUUGGCUGCCUGGUACGGAAGCGUGUCCCAGCAAAUGUACCUGCUCGGGAUCCGGCGUGGAUUGUCACGGAUUGGGACUUAAAACGGUGCCCCGAGGCAUUCCCAGGAAUGCGGAGAGAGUUGACUUAGACAGAAACAAUAUUACAAGGAUUACAAAGGUGGACUUUGCUGGACUUAAGAAUCUUCGUGUUCUGCAUUUGGAAGAGAAUCUAAUUAGCAUGAUAGAACGUGGAGCAUUUCAAGAUCUAAAGCAACUAGAACGACUACGCCUGAACAGAAAUAAACUGCAAGUUCUUCCAGAAUUGCUUUUUCAGAACACACUGAAGCUAACCAGACUGGACUUAAGUGAAAACCAGAUUCAAGGCAUCCCUAGAAAGGCUUUUCGAGGAAUUACUGACGUAAAGAAUUUGCAACUGGACAACAAUCAGAUCAGCUGCAUUGAAGAUGGAGCUUUCCGAGCCCUCCGUGACUUGGAGAUUCUUACCCUCAAUAACAACAACAUCUCACGCAUCCCUCUCACCAGCUUCAACCAUAUGCCAAAGAUCAGAACCUUGCGGCUUCAUUCCAAUUAUUUAUACUGCGACUGUCACCUGGCAUGGCUUUCGGAUUGGCUGCGCCAGAGGCGAUCGGUUGGACAAUUCACCUUCUGCAUGGCACCUGUUCACCUGAGAGGGUUCAAUGUAGCUGAUGUUCAGAAAAAAGAAUAUGUCUGUACAGGUUCACAUGCUGAACCACCAUCCUGCAAUGCCAAUUCUGUCAAUUGCCCAUCUGCUUGCACUUGCAGUAACAAUAUUGUGGACUGUCGGGGAAAGGGUUUAACUGAACUUCCAGGCAACCUACCAGAAAAUAUUGUGGAAAUCCGUUUAGAGCAGAAUUCCAUAAAGGCCAUUCCUCCUGGAGCCUUCUCUCAAUAUAAGAAACUUAAAAGAAUUGAUAUCAGCAAGAAUCAGAUAUCAGAUAUUGCACCAGACGCUUUUCAUGGAUUGAAAUUACUCACCUCUCUAGUGCUUUAUGGAAAUAAGAUCACAGAGAUUCCCAAGGGCGUUUUUGAUGGGCUUGUAUCUUUGCAGUUAUUGCUUCUCAAUGCAAAUAAGAUCAACUGCCUGAGAGUAAACACAUUUCAAGAUCUGCAUAAUCUUAAUUUGUUAUCUCUCUAUGAUAAUAAACUGCAGACUAUCAGCAAAGGACUUUUUGCUCCUCUUCAAUCAAUUCAAACAUUGCAUUUAGCUCAAAAUCCAUUUGUGUGCGACUGCCAUUUGAAGUGGCUGGCUGAUUACCUGCAGGAUAAUCCAAUAGAAACCAGCGGAGCUCGGUGCAGCAGUCCGCGUCGUCUUGCCAACAAACGAAUCAGCCAGAUCAAGAGCAAGAAGUUCCGUUGCUCAGGUUCAGAGGACUACAGGAGUAGAUUCAGUGGGGAGUGUUUUAUGGACCUCAUCUGUCCUGAGAAAUGCCGCUGUGAGGGAACAUUUGUGGACUGUUCCAACCAAAAGCUUACUAGGCUUCCAAGCCACCUUCCAGAAUAUACCACAGAUCUUCGUCUACACGAUAAUGAUAUUUCAAUUCUGGAAGCUACUGGAAUAUUCAAGAAGCUCCCUAGUCUACGAAAAAUAAAUUUAAGUAAUAACAAGAUCAAAGAGAUCCGUGAAGGCACUUUUGAUGGGGCAGCGGGAGUGCAGGAACUGAUGUUGACAGGGAAUCAGCUGGAAUCUGUGCACGGACGAAUGUUUAAAGGUCUCACAGGACUCAAGACACUGAUGCUCAGGAACAACAUGAUCAGUUGUGUAAACAAUGACACAUUUACAGGACUGAGCUCAGUAAGGUUACUCUCGCUGUAUGACAAUCGCAUUACUACCAUAACUCCAGGAGCCUUCAGUACGCUUGUUUCUUUAUCUACAAUUAAUUUGCUAUCUAAUCCAUUUAACUGCAACUGCCACUUAGCAUGGUUGGGGAAAUGGUUAAGGAAGAGAAGGAUUGUCAGUGGAAAUCCACGUUGCCAGAAACCCUUCUUCUUAAAGGAGAUUCCAGUUCAAGAUGUUGCUACGCAGGAUUUCACAUGUGAUGGCAACACUGAAAACAGCUGUCAUUUUUCUCCCCGUUGUCCAGACCAAUGCACCUGUGUGGACUCUGUAGUUCGCUGCAGUAAUAAAGGGUUGCAGCUCCUCCCAAAAGGGGUCCCCAAAGAUGUGACUGAGCUAUACCUGGAAGGAAACCAUUUAUCUGCUGUGCCAAAGGAACUUUCUAUGUUCCGACACUUAACAUUAAUUGACUUGAGCAACAAUAGUAUCAGCAUGUUGGCCAAUUACACCUUCAGUAAUAUGACACAGCUAUCAACGCUGAUCCUAAGCUACAACAGGUUACGGUGUAUUCCAGUCCAUGCAUUUAAUGGCCUUAAAUCUCUCCGAGUGUUAACGCUUCAUGGCAAUGAUAUAUCCAGUGUCCCUGAAGGGUCUUUUAAUGAUCUUGUGUCACUUUCCCACCUAGCACUCGGUACAAAUCCUUUACAUUGCGACUGCAGCCUGCGUUGGCUUUCAGAGUGGGUAAAGGCAGGCUACAAAGAGCCCGGCAUUGCACGAUGUAGUAGUCCAGAUGACAUGACCGACAGGCUUUUGCUAACAACACCAACUCAGCAUUUCCAAUGCAAAGGAGCUGUUGACAUCAGCAUUGUGUCCAAAUGUAACCCUUGCCUUUCUACUCCCUGUAAAAAUAAUGCGACUUGCAACAAUGAUCCGGUGGAUUUUUACCGAUGUACUUGCCCAUUUGGCUACAAGGGUCGAGAUUGCAGCACACCUAUUAAUGCUUGCAUUCAGAAUCCAUGCCAGAAUGGGGGAACUUGCCAUCCUACUGAUACAAAUCAAGACGGAUUCAGCUGUUCCUGCCCUACUGGAUUUGAAGGGAAGAAAUGUGAACUGAAUCCAGAUGACUGUGAAGAUAACGAUUGUGAGAACAACUCAACAUGUAUGGAUGGGAUAAACAAUUACGCUUGCCUUUGCCUACCCAACUAUACAGGAGAACUCUGUGAUGAAGUCAUCAACCAUUGCGUGCCUGAACUAGCCCCUUGCAAACAUGAAUCCAAAUGUAUUUCUCUUGAUAGAGAAUAUAAGUGUGAAUGCUUACCAGGCUACAGUGGAAAGCACUGUGAAACAGAUGAUGAUGACUGCAGGGGACACAAAUGUCGCCAUGGUGCCAUGUGUGUAGAUGCUGUAAAUGGAUACACCUGCAUUUGUCCUCAAGGAUUUAGUGGACUCUUCUGUGAAAAUCCACCACCCAUGGUUCUCCUCCAGACCAGCCCUUGUGAUUAUUAUGAAUGCCAAAAUGGAGCGCAAUGUAUUGUUGUGCAGCAGGAACCAGUCUGCCGUUGCCUGGCAGGUUUUGCUGGCCAGAAGUGUGAGAAACUCAUUACUGUCAAUUUUGUUGGGAAGGAUUCCUACGUUGAGCUUCCACCAGCUAAAAUUCGUCCUCAAGCAAACAUCUCACUUCAAGUAGCAACUGAUAAGGACAAUGGCAUCUUAUUAUACAAAGGGGAUAAUGAUCCCCUGGCUUUAGAAUUGUAUCAAGGGCAUGUGAGACUUAUCUAUGACACAGUGAAUGGUCCACCUACAACUAUAUACAGUGUGGAGACAGUAAAUGAUGGACAGUUCCAUAGUGUGGAGCUGGUGAUGUUAAACCAGACCUUGAAUUUGGUAGUAGAUAAAGGCACUCCCAAAACCCUUGGCAAACUGCAGAAGCAACCCGUGGUUGGUCAAGACACUCCACUCUACAUUGGAGGAAUUCCCACAUCUACAGGGCUGUCUUCCUUGAGGCAGGGGACAGAGAGGACACCAAGUGGCUUUCAUGGCUGCAUUCAUGAUGUUCGAAUUAAUAAUGAGCUGCAGGAUUUCAAAGAACUACCACAUCAGUCAGUAGGAGUCCUUCCUGGCUGCAAAUCCUGUAACAUCUGUAAGCAUGGAAUUUGCCGCUCUCUUGAAAAGACAAGUGUGGUCUGUGAGUGCCAUCCAGGCUGGACAGGUUCACUGUGUGAUCAAGAACUUAAUGAUCCCUGCCUUGGCAACAAAUGCCUUCAUGGAAAGUGCAUUGCCACCAACUCUGCUUAUACAUGCAAGUGUAUAGUAGGUUACACAGGUAUGCACUGCGAUCGAAAAAAUGAUUCCUCCAACUCCUGCAGAUUUCUAAAAUGUAACCACGGACAGUGUAAGAUCUCUGCACAAGGGGAGCCCUACUGCGAAUGUGAUCCAAGCUACAGUGGAGAGCGUUGUGAUAGAGAAAAUGUUUGUCAAGGAGAGAUUAUUCGUGAAUUCAUUCGGAAGCAACAAGAUUCAAUCGCUUGUGUCUCCAUGGUGAAGGUACCUCGUGUGGAAUGUCACGGCACUUGUGGGAACAAUCAGUGUUGUGUUGUUCUCCGCAGCAAAAGGCGGAAAUACGGCUUCCAGUGUGUGGAUGGCUCUUCUUUUACAGAAGAGCUAGAGAGACAUGUGGAGUGUGGCUGUGCAAAGUGUUUAUAAGCUUAUGAUCAGCCUCUUUGCCCUUUGUAUCAAAUCUGCUUUCCAACACAGGACCUAUUUACUUUUAAGUGAAGAAGAGAAUAUUAAGUAUAUUGUAAAAUAAGCAAAAAAAAGUUAUUUUUAUUAUGAAAAGUGACUAUUUUCAUCUUUUAUUAUAUAAAAUCUGACCAUUCUGGGUAUAUGUAUCAUAUAUGAGUUAUUUUUACUAUGGAUUUUUUUUUACAGUUGGUAAAAAAAAUGGGAAAAUAUUCCAAACCUAAACACAGGGAUAAAAAAAAAAAAGAGUAUAGUUGAUAAGCUUUGCACAGUGGCCAGAUGUGAAAGGAAUUCAAACUGUUUGCCACAGAAUUAAUGAAACAGGUGUUGAAAUGGUCUGGAUAUAUAUACAUAGUAGGAGCGAUACAUUCUAUGAUCAUUUGUGCCCAGGAUUGCUCAGUUAAUAGCCUUCUCUCAUGACAAUGAAAGCUAUAUUUGUCACUGUUGUGAUUUGCUUGAUACAAUUGCCAAUCACACACACACAGAGACUCACUGUGAUAACACUGUUGUAGCUUGGGCCUUAUGCACAGAUGUUUUUAUGCACACAUUAAUACAAUGGUAAUAGUUAUGUAUUUUGUCUUCUGUAUAUGAUUGAUUGGCACUCAGUUACAUUUAUCCUAUGUUGGGGAUCUAGCACAAUCACUCAUACAUGGUAAAGUUGGGAAACGUAUUCUUUAUAAAUUUAUUUAGACUAACAAACUCAAAGGACAUUUUAUGAAACUCAUAAUGAAUAACAGCGGGAAUUAUCCAAUUCCUUGGCACAUACUUCCUUGUCCUUCAGCCUGUGAACUAGACCAGUGGUGGGUUGCUUCCGGUUCUGACCGGUUCUUGCGAACCGGUAGUCAUAAUUGACGAUCUGCGCAUGCGCAGAAGCUUCUGCACACGCGCCCAUUGCGAACCGGUAGUAAAGGUAAGUAGAACCCACCCCUGAACUAGACCCUCUAUAUCUCAACACCCAGAGCAUAUUGUAUGCAUCCUCAAGCAAAUAAAGAAUGAGAAGGUAAUUUCCUGUGGUGAUGAGCUUUUCAUUUGCCAUUUCAGAGGAUUUAGGGUUUUUUGGUUUCUAGUUGCAAAGCAGAACGGCAAAGAAUGCACUGAAACACUGCCUUACCCGAUCAUGACAAUCCAUUUUAAAAAGUAUUUACACAGAUAUAUUUUACUUAAUCCAAGAGUGUGGUAUUCAGGUAUUAUUACCUGAAUAUCAGUUCUUUGCAACUGACUCUGCAUAUAUUGAGGUGUCUGCAAUUUUGCAAAUUGUAAAGGAAUUUCCCCAUACCCUCCAGAUGUAAACUGAGCCACAUAUGGCAAUUGCCUAAAACAACUUCUGACUGCCAGCAUGUAGAAGUCUUUCCAUCAGCCCUGUCUCCACCUGUUGCUGGAUUGCUAGUUAUGACAUGGAGAGUUAUUGAUACCAAUAUAGUGCGUGUUACACUUACCACGUAAGAGAACCAUGAUACAAAAGCUGUUUCAUUUAGUUCUCAACAUUUAUCAUCAAGUCUUUCCAAAAGAGCUUUUGGAAAGGAGAAUGUUAACAGAAGGAGACAUCUCAGAAAGUUGUACUUCAGCACCAUAAAUGCCUUUCGCCCUUUGCACAACUGCAUUUAGCUUCUUUUCCUGGAUCUCUCUUCUUUUUCUUGGUAUUGUAGUAGUAAUAGGAGAGCCUACCUUGCCAUGGAGAAGGGUGAGAUAAUUUUCAGAAAAAGGAAGAAUAGGAGAGACAGCUCUUCACAUUCCAAUGAGAUCUUGAAAAACCAGCAGAAAUCUUAAAUUUGAGAUAUGUAGACUGUAGCCACAUUCAUCUGGAGCAAUGGUUUAGUACAUUUGCCUUUGAAAUAGCAAAAUAUUGGUGUCUUUUCUACUAAGGACAAAUGUUUAUUUUGUUAUCAUGCUUCAAGCAUUCAUUUUCAGAAGUCUUAAGAAUCUAAGAAUCCUUAUUCUAUUGCAGUCUUUUGAAAGCCACAAUAGUUUGUUCAAGAUUUCCUAAUGGAUUCUCAGGAUAAUUUUAGGCAGGAGGGAAAUAACUGAUACAAUGGUUACCUCUCAGAGUAAACGGUAAUACAUGGAGCCUGCAAUCAGUGUAAAAUAAAACAAUCACUAGUUACUUUGCCAAAAAGUGAUUGAAAUAAUAGAGUUCAGUGGCUGGCAGGGGAGUAAAAGGCUGCAAUGGAGAUUGGGGUUUGUUAUUUUGAGCACAAUAUGUGAUCUGGAAGCAGCUGGAAUUUAUAACACACAAAUGCACCGUAGUUUGCGGAGACCAAAAGUUUGCAAAAAGAAAUGCAGCAACAUUCUUUGAAUAAGACUUUGGCACAAGGCAUCCUUUCCUUAAUGAUUUAUUCUUAUGCAUGGCAUCUCUUACCCAAAAAGCCUCUGCCUCUGUUGCAGAGCAUAAUUCAUCCAGAAUAGACAGAUCUUAGUUGAAAGGCUACUAAAGAAUGUAUACUCCUAAAUAGGAAAUGAAAAACAUAAUAUUAAGAUAGUAACAAAAAAAGGUACAAUCUGUACAAUUCAUUGUCUUCUGUUAGCAAAGUAAUAUAUUUGACAGGACCAAAACUAAUAAUAACAAUAAAAAGCCAUCAACGUUUUGUGAAAUAAUUCCAAAAAUGUAUACAGAAUUUCUGAACUGAACAAGAAUUAACCACAGUGGAGUAAUAUUGGCUGCCUUCCCUCAAUAUAUAUUUGGAUUAGAAGAUUUAGAAGAAAUAAUAGACACUUUAUUUGCUUGCUGCCAUUAGAUAGUUUAUGCUGUGUUGUGUUUCAAUUGAUUAUAUGGAAUCUGAUUUCUUUGUCUGUGUUUUUUAAGUGCCAAAAGAUCUAUGAAGUUAGUUUAAAAAGUGUUAAUUAGAUCUCUCUAAGCUGUCAAAAUGACAGUAGUACGUCUCAGCUAUUGUAUGGGGAAUGCAGUACCCUACUUUUUAAAAGUAAUAUAAAGAAAGAACCCUAUAAAAAGUGUACAUUGGCAACGUGGAUUAGUAUGAAUUUUGUGUAUUUUACUGGAUUGUCUUCUUGUGAUGUAAUAAAUUUAAGUAAAUUGUUGGGUUAUGGAUAA